AUGAAGGCUACCCGAGUGCUGCUGCUGUGUGCGGCGGCCUGCCUGCUGCUCACCGGUGCCCGGGCUGAGGACGAGGGCUCCACGGAGCCAUGUGCUGAGGUGGACCCAGACAGCGGCGGCUGCAUCCAGCCCGACCCCCCGGUGGAUGGCGGCGACGGUGGCAGCGAGCCCGGAAUUCUUCCCGCCCCCGGCGGGACUGAGGGCGGCGGCGAGGGCGAGGGCGAGGACGACGUUUUCGAGGGCGGCGAGGGCGAGGACGACGGUUUCGAGGGCGGCGAGGGCGAGGUUGUCGAGGGCGAGGGCGGCGAGGGCGGCGAGGGCAGUGAGGGCGGCAGCGGCACGAGCGACUGCGACACCGAUCCCACAGGCCCAGACUGCCCCCAGGUGGACGACGGCGAGGGUGGCGGUAUUGGCGGCGAUCCCGACUGCGUGCCCGACCCUGACACAAACGAGGUGCCCGACAAGUGCCUGAUGUACAUGAAUGAGGAGAGCCCCGCCUGCACCAAGGGCCCCAACGGAGUCGUGAAGUGCAAGGACAACGUGCGCGGUCCCACCGGCGGCGCCCGCGGCUGCAGCUGCAUUGAGCUCUGGGCCCCAGUCUGUGGCGCAGAUGGCAAGGUGUAUGCCAACGCCUGCAAGGCCCGCUGCGCCAAGGUGUCGGCCAAGUACAAGUGCUCCACCAAGCGGCUGGGCUAUGCGGCGUGCAAGAAGAGAUGCGCAGCCGCGGCCAAGCCCCCCGGCUGCGUGUGCCCCAUGAUCUGGGCGCCCGUGUGCGGGCGGGACGGCAAGGUGUACGACAACGACUGCUUCGCCAGGUGCGCCAAGGCCAAGCCCGCCUUCCAAUGCGGCAUCAACAUGGCCGCCUGCAAGAAGGAGUGCAAGUGCCGGUCGGCGUGCGGCACGAACAAGGCAUGCGUCGCCAAGUGCAAGCCGGCGAAGCCCCGCCCCAAGCCCAUCUGCAUCUGCGGCAAGGUCUACGCCCCGGUGUGCGCCAAGAACGGCCGCGUGUACAACAACCCCUGCCUGGCCAAGUGCGCCAAGACCUCCAUCAAGUCACGCUGCGAAAGCAAGAACACGAAGCUGUGCGCCCGGAAGUGCAAGAAGGGCGGGUGGUAA